AUGCAAAGCGUAGAAGAGCAUACUGUCAGAAGACCGACUCGCCACGAUACGUUUGACCUCAGGGAUCAAAUGGCUUCAGAAGACGCGCAACACAACACGGCGCAUAACGACCACACAUAUCCCUCCGAUGAAGAACACUCUGUCCUCGAGGAUGACUCGGACAACGAGGACAGAGACGCGGAAUACAUGGAAGAAGACGACGGCUCCUCGUCACUCUCUAUUCCAAACGAGUCCAUCGACUUCGACUUGGUCUAUGCGCUUCACAGUUUCGCAGCUACCGUAGAAGGGCAGGCGAACGUCGUGAAAGGAGACAGUCUCUUUCUCAUGGAUGACAGCAACAGCUACUGGUGGCUUGUGCGUGUUCUCAAGACUGAAGAAGUCGGAUAUAUACCCGCUGAGAACAUCGAGACUCCGUUCGAGCGUCUCGCGAGGCUGAACAAGCAUCGGAAUGUUGACCUGGCGUCCGCUACGUUUGCUGAACUGGAACAAACGCGCGAUCGGCUCCGCGACAACCUGUCAUCCCGCACCGGGUCCAAUCCGACGCCCUCGCCCACACCUGGUACCCGAGGUCGUUCGCGGCAAGCCAGGGGUGUCGCAUUUACCCGUUCCUUCUCAGUGCACCGGUAUCCCCCUGCUGUAUGGGGUGAUGAAGAGGAGGAUGAAGACGUCGAGUGGGACGACGAGGGCUACGAAGACGAGGAUCCAGAAUUAGCGGAGGCGCAGGACGAGGACGAGGACAUGAUUAAAGAAGGUCCAGGUACAGGUGAACCUUCAUUACCCGUGGAGCCGGAUGAUGGUAUGAGCUGGGAAGAAGGAGCGGUGGAGGCAAUACAGGCGCGAUCACAUCCCGAGGUUGCUGCCGAAAAUACGCAAGCAUUGCAACAGCAGCAGGACUGGGUUGCUGCUUCGCAGCAGCAAUUGCAGCCCCUACGUACUCAAACGUCGCGCGAAAGGCUCACUAUCGUUGUGCAAGAUGAUAGUACACGCACAGUCUCGUCACCCACCAAAACUAUGGAUCCAGCCCAAGCGACAGAGACUAGGAAGAUGUCGAUUACACCCCCGGUAGCUCGCGCCGAGGAUCAGCGCUCGCAGUCUUCACCUGCUCCUACUGGCCCACUCCUUCCCAGUAUGAUUAUGCAGCAGCAGUCUGAAGAGAGAAAGCGUACGCGUGAGGAAAUUGAGGCCCUCGAAGAAGCUGCUCGCAAGAAGCUCAAUACCAGUGCAGGUCCAACUGGCGGUACUACUGGACAAGGGAAGGCCGCACAGACCUCAGGCUCUCCAGGACGUCCCGCUGGCGGUGCCAAGUUGAGAAAGGAGCGUGAGCCUACGACAGACGAUGAAAGCGGGAAGGAGAAAGACAAGAAGAAGAAGAGUAGCGGUGUAUUUGGGGGCUUAUUCGGAAGGAGGAAAGACAAGGAAAAGGGGAAAGACAGGAAUUCAGAAACUGGCAGCGCAGCUGGAAGCGACGCUCGCGAAUCAGAAGAGUCUGGAAGAUCCUUCAAGGAGUCGACAUCGGUCGGUCCGCCACUGUCCCUCGCAGAUACCGCUCCGUCAGUACGACAGCCGCAAUCAUCGCAGCAGCCAGCCAAUGUCGUUGACAGCAAACAAGCUGCUCAGAAACAACCUCAGCAGUCCUCACAAAGGGAGCCGAGCUCAGCGGAAGCUACGCCUCCGGCUGCCAUACAGGUGCAGCUGUCGCAACACGCGUCGCAGUUGCGCCAGCGCGACCAACAACAACAGGCGCUCUACCAGCAGUAUCUCAACCGCUCACCUUCAACACCACCAGAGGCACAACCUUCCUCUACCACGAGUUCCAUUUCGAGCACCACUCCUUUGCGCCCCCGUCCAACCUCUCUGGUACUGUCGCCUUCCACAAUGGAUGGUCAGGGGGUCGGACUCCCAGACUUGAGUGUCAUCCGUGUCUUUGCAGCCCCCAAUCUACAGACAGAGGCUACAUUCAAGACAGUCUUACUCAAUUCGUCCACGACAGCAUCAGAUCUCGUCCGUCAGGCGAUCCAACGGUUCCGCUUACCUGCUGGUGAGGACGAGAAGAAUUAUUUCUUGACCAUCAAACAAGUGGAGGGUUCGUCCGCGGCUCUCCUGCCUCAUGAGAAGCCCCUUGGAGUGUUUGAGUCACUCGUAGAGGCCGCAAUGGAGCUGCCGAAGGUGAAGCGAAGCAGUGUGGGCAGCAUCAGCUCUGUUGCAAGCAAUCUUUCAAUGCACCCCGCCAUCAAGAGUUUAUCUAUGAACGAUUUCACAGAUGAUUCAGCGGUCAAGUUCUACUUGAACCGCAAAGGCGACGACAGAGACAACACUUUCCUCGGAGAGAAUGGCGAGGAUACACUACUUGUAGAGAGCCCCCAAGAGGUGAACAUGGAGUCGCCGCAGUCACGCUCUCAAUAUCUCACAGUAUCCCCUACAACCGCCAACACGCAUACCGUUACUCCAGAGCGUUUCAGCUCCCCUUCAUACAGGUUCGCGUUACAGUUAGUCAUCUACUCAGAUGAUCUGCCGGACGACAUGGUGUUCGAUACUCUCACUGAGGCAAUUGUCUUCAAGAAUACCUCGCGUGAUAGAUCACAAUCUAGUGUGGGCGCCUCCUCUGGCAUCUCUCAAACGCACCGGCGAAAGGUGUUUGUAUUCCCUAAGAACGUGACAGUCGCUGAGGUGAUUGAAUUGGGGCUGGAACGGUUUGGUAUACUCGAGGGUGUAGUAGAUGGCGGUGACGAAGUAGAGGACAAGCUGACCAAACGGAGGAGUUCGUCUCGCGUCCGGUAUGGUCUCUCGGUGGACAUUGGCGGGAAAGAGCGAGAGCUUUCCCCCUCUAGUAAAGUGGUCGAUGCUUUCCCGCGCCCACCUACUUAUCGAGCAAUGGACCGCCGUUUUGGUGACAGCAAACGGCGCUCUGUCGAUUCUGCACAGCUACUACUAGGCAACACUGAGGACGUAAACCCUGAAGAUCCUAUGUUCGUCCUACGCCGCGCUGUGUCAUAUCGCACAAGUCGGCGUAGGUCGUCGGCUCCUCUCGACGAAAUUGCAUUGCAGCAAUUGCACCGUAACUCUGUUGCGAGCUCCAGCGCAGGUACUGAUUCCACAGCUGGACCUUCAGAAGAAGCCAAACAGCCGCAGACGUCUAAACAAGCCAUCAUAGCUGCUCAGCGUGCAGCAAGUCGGGCUAAUCAACGUGCAAUUCUGUCCGCGCAGGCCAACUCUGCCCGUGGUUUGGAUGUCCUUCUUCCUGGAAAUGCGAUGAUCCGUAGUUCUCGCUAUGAAGUCGACGACAAGAUGCGUUACUCAUACGUUGAACCGGGUGGAGAAACCUACGACAUCAGUGACAUCGUCGAGGAGGAGUGGCGAGGUGAGGUAGGGCCUAGUCAGAAAGCAAACCUUACUGGCGACGAUCUGCUGCAUGGGGUGCUUGCGCGUAAGGAUGUUCUUGGAGCAAAAUUGGACCGUGUAUUGAGCAAGAUCAAACAUGAAAAGGGCACUGGCAGGGUGCCCGUCUCUCAAUCAACAUCCGUUAAUACUCUUUCUACCGUGGGGUCGAGUUCUCCUUCCAACUACUCGAGUGCAGAAGGUGGCUCUGGUAUAUCUGCUUCUCGGGAAGUCACUCCGACCAGUCGCACGUUCUCUGGCAGGUCCGAAUCCACUACUCAACGAGUUACCUCCCCCUUGUCUCGCCUUUCGAGUUACCGCACGGCGAGUUCUGGAGACUCAGACGGUCACUUUGGUACCCGGAGUACUACUCCUAACGCUGCUCAAACCAAGUCUAUGCCACAUGAGCGCCAACCGUCAGCGCUCUCAGAGCUGUCCGUGUAUCGGACAGCUACGCCUACGACACCGCUGGGAGGCACACCUACUGCCACCCCUAAACCUCAGCGUCCGCGUCUGACUCUUCCCAAUGAUGACUUUGGUCUUUCACAGAUGAUGGCCAUCAUUGAAUUGAAGGCAUCACGCCACAAAAUACCCGAGCCACCACUGCUUCCAGCAGUGGAUGACUUGCUAUUUGGCAGGCCCUUGGAUGUCAUUUCUUUGCAUCCUCAGAUUAGAAACAUCUACCAUAACACCUUCAAGCAGCUUGAGGAGAUGGAUGACGUGUUGGACAAUCUAUUGCAGAGUGUGGGUCACACCUUUUGA